CAGAUAAGCCCCAUCCCCUGUGGCCGGCGGCUGUAGCGGUGCGUUCACAGGACUUUUUUCCGGAGUGUUUGAAAGUUGUCAACAGAGGGAAGACGACGACGGAGUAGAAUAAGUAGAGUCAGAGGAGCGGAGAGUCUGAGCGGCUUCACACCGACAGCAGAGCUCAGAGGAGGGAUGGGCUGCACCCACAGCAAGAAGAAAAGCAAAGGCAAGAAGGGAGAGAAGACACAGAAAGACAAGAGCCGCCAAGAUGAAGGAGAUAAACGUGCGUCGGCUGAGCAGGACGUCUGUCUGGAGAAGCAGCUGGAGCGGUUCGAGUGGCAGCUGAGGAUUUUAAAGGAAGUGCUCUCAGCCAACGGGAACCCGGAGAGGGCGGAGCUCCUGAAAGACCACGCCGAUGAAGACGUGUGCGCCCUGGUCCUGAGCAUCCUCGAUAAGGUGAAAACAGAGACGACGGCUGAUUUAAACGUCCUGCAUGAGCAGAGAAGUAAAACGGCUACUGAGGAACAUGAGAGACGCGUGGAAGAGCUGCAGAAAAAACACGAACAGGAGAAAAAUCAACUGACAGAAAAGUUUCACGCUGCUGAGAACAUCCUGAAGGGUAAAGUGGAGGAGCUGACGGCGGAGCUUCAGGUUUACAACGAGCUGAAGAGGAGAGUCGAAGAAUCAACGUUCAAGAAGGACCUGCAGAGAAACAUACAGGCUCACGGCAGCCCAGGGGCAUUCUGGGAGGAGCAGGAGUCUCUGCUGUUUGUCAUUGAGAUGAAGAAUGAGCGAGUGCAGGAGCAGAGCAGGAAGCUGCAGCAGAUGGACGAUCUGGUGGAGAAGAAUUUGUCUUGAGAUCAGAUCAUCCACAUCCUGCAGCAGAACGAGGAUCUCAGAGUCCGGAUCGACAACUGCCAGACUCUGAUUCAGUAUGUGAUUUCUGAAAGUGCAGUUAGAUAGAACAGAGAGUGUUUACUAACACCUGCUUAUUAUGCAUGAAUCUAGCGCCACCUACUGGAUAUUAUCUGUCUGCUGUAAAGUAUGAUCCACAGUUUCCUCUGUUUUCAGCACUUAACCAUUUUAGUUAGAGGAUAAAGGACUGUGCAAACGUUUUAGGC